AUGGCGAUUGUCCUUCCAGAUGCAGACUUCGGAGGAGAUUUUGAUGAAGAAGCACAUGACAGAGAUGAAUUUCACAUCGAACAAUUGGUGAAUGAGUUCGUUGAUGAACCACCAGUCCGCCAUGAUUUGUAUCCGGAGAGUGAUAACGAUGAAAACGGUGACGGUCCAGAGCCAGUUCAUACACAUAUCAGGCGCGGUGACGGGCAUUUGUACGAUAAGCAGACAUUCUUCAGUGGAGUUGCUUUCAAAGAAGCAGUGACGGACUAUGUUCUCAGAACUGGAAACAAUUUGAAGCAAUACAGGUAUGAUAAAGAUAAAAUUGGCUUUAUGUGUGUUGGUUGUAAUGGAGAUGAUGGUUCACGGUGUGAGUGGAAGGUGUAUGCCGCAAUUCUGCCAAGUGAUAACAUGUGGAGGAUUAGAAAGUUUAAUGAUAAGCAUAGUUGUAUCCCUAAUGGAGAAUGUGAGAUGUUCAAGGUUCCACAUAUAGCUAGGUUGUUUCUUGAUAAGAUUAGAGAUAAUCCUGAGUACUUCAUGCCAAUGAAAAUGGAAGAAAUCAUAAAGGAACGGCGGAAGAUCAGUGUCAGUAGGCAUCAGUGUCAGGCGGCUAGAAAUAAGGCACUUAUCUGGAUUGAGAAGGAAUAUGAUCAACAGUUUGCUUGA